GCGCCCUCCGCCCUGCCUGAAAUGGGAUGAUAUGGGAUUUUUCAUGUCGACGAAAAUCGGAGGGAUCCUUGCCUUUGCCUUGGUGUUCCUGUCCCUCUGGGCGUCAGGAGACUCUGCAGAUGUGAGCUGCGAGAACGUUUAUAAGGACUUUUCCGUGUGUGUCCUGGAGCUGGGGGAGAGCAUGGACAACUACCAGGAGAACGUGACCAGCGAGCGGGGAGUGGCGGCCGUGUGCAGCCACUGGGAAGCUUUCCACACGUGUGCCCUGACGGCGCUGUCCGACUGUCAGGAGGAAGUCAGCUCCAUCUGGGAGACGCUGCGGCAGGACUCCAGGAAGAUCCGCUUCCAGGGGAGCCUGUUUGACCUGUGCAGCCCCAGCUCCUCCCCCAGCGUCAGCUCGCCCCUGGCCGCCCUCGCCCUGCCGCUGAUGCUGGCCGUGACCCGGAGCAACUGGUCGCUCCUAUAGACCGGGUGGGUGGGGGGGUGGAGGGGGGGUCGGGGUGAGGAGGGAUCCUCUCUGGGGUUUGUGCUUCAAACUUAACAGCCAAGGAUUUAAGCGGGACAAGUGUUUUAAAGGAUUGCGUAAACACAGAGCCAUGGAUGUCUGCGGCAAGCCAAUCAAUAUUUGCUCUGAUGAAUUAUGUUUCAAAU